UUGUUCGGCAUUCGCUCGCAGCUCGCACUUGUGUACGGUCGUGUUCUCGCGUCGAAUCCAAAACUCUGAAACGGUUAAAGGUUCAAAACUUCGACUUGUCGUUUGUCGUUGCAAUUGAAAUCAAUUGAGUGCAAUUUGCGAGUGCAAAGUUCUGGCGCAAAAUGUUUGCCUAACACAGUUUCGUUUAAUUAAUUUGUCGCGUGUGUCGUCGAGCAAUCAAAACUAAAAACAAAACACAAAACAAGCGGAGUCAGUUCCAUCAACUCUAAUCGAAAAGAUAAACAAAGCCAACGUCUCUCACACCAACUAUGGCCGACGAAAGCCUGCACACAAUGCCGCUGGAGCACAAUAUAGACUAUCAUAUAGUCACAUUGUUUGAGCGCUUGGAGGCGAUGCGCAAAGAUUCGCACGGCAAUGCCAUCAACAAUCGCCUCUCGAGCACUCUGCAGGUGCCCAAGCGGAGCAUGCAGGCCGAGAUACGCACUCUGGAGUUCUGGAGAUCCAUCAUCAGCGAGUGCCUUGCCUCGUUCCUGUAUGUGUUCAUCGUAUGCGGCGCAGCUGCGGGCGCCGGUGUGGGUGCCAGCGUCUCAUCCGUGCUCCUGGCCACGGCGCUCGCCUCCGGCCUGGCGAUGGCAACAUUAACACAGUGCUUUUUGCAUAUAUCGGGCGCUCACAUCAAUCCCGCCGUAACUUUGGCCUGCUGCGUUAUCCGCAGCAUCUCCCCCAUCCGAGCUGCCAUGUACAUGACCGCCCAGUGCGGCGGCGGCAUUGCAGGCGCCGCUCUGCUCUAUGGUGUCACCGUGCCUGGCUAUCAGGGCAAUCUGCAGGCGGCAAUCUCUCACAGCGCCGCCCUGGCCGCCUGGGAACGUUUCGGGGUUGAGUUCAUACUCACCUUUGUGGUGGUGCUCUGCUAUUUCGUCUCCACGGAUGCCAUUAAGAAGUUCAUGGGCAAUUCGGCGUUUGCCAUUGGUGCGGCAUACAGCGCCUGUUGCUUUGUGUCGAUGCCCUAUCUGAAUCCGGCGCGCUCUUUGGGUCCUUCAUUUGUGCUGAACAAAUGGGACAACCAUUGGGUAUAUUGGUUUGGCCCGCUCGUUGGCGGCAUGGCUUCUGGCCUGGUCUAUGAGCAUAUAUUCAGCUCUCGCCGCAGCGUGCGCCAUGCCAAGGGCAGCAUUGACAACGACUCCAGCUCCAUACACUCCGAAGAUGAACUGAACUAUGACAUGGACAUGGAGAAGCCAAACAAGUAUCAGCAGUCGCAGGGCACUUAUCCGCGCGGCCAGUCGAAUGGGGCAGCUGCCACAGCUGCGCAGCAUGCCGCUGCCAAUAUGCCGCCCAUGGGCGUGGUCGGCGCUGGAGCUGGCAACUACUGUCAGAACUUAUACACCGCGCCGCCGCUCUCCUCCAAGUACGAUCAGCAGCAGCAGCAGCAGGAGCCGCUCUAUGGCGGCACUCGCUCCCUCUACUGCCGCUCGCCCACGCUGACGCGCAGCAACCUGAAUCGCUCGCAGUCGGUGUACGCCAAGAGCAACACGGCCAUCAAUCGUGACAUAGUGCCGCGUCCCGGGCCACUGGUGCCAGCGCAGAGUCUCUAUCCCAUGCGCACGCAGCAGCAACAGCAGCAGCAGCAUCAUCAGGCAGUCACGGCUACCCAAUCGUCGCAUCUGCAGAAUCAGAACGUGCAGAAUCAGCUGCAGCAGCGUACCGAGAGCAUUUAUGCCAUGCGCGGAUCCAUGCGCGGACAGCAGCAACCACUGCAGCAGCAGCAGCAGCAGCAGCAGCAGCAGCAACAGCAGCAACAACAGCAGCAGCAACAACAGCAGGCGCCAGUUGGCAUGCAGCAGCAGCUACAGCCGCAGCAGCACAUGUCGGAGCCACAGGCGCAACCACAGGGCUUCCAACCAGUCUACGGCUCCCGCAACAAUCCCACACCUCUGGAUGGCAAUCACAAGUUCGAGCGUCGGGAACAGCAGCAACAGCAGCAGCAGCAGCAGCAGCAACUCUAUGGCAUGACCGGUCCACGCAAUCGCGGCCAGUCGGCGCAGUCCGAUGACAGCUCGUAUGGUUCGUAUCAUGGCUCUGCAGUCACGCCGCCAGCGCGUCAUCCCAGCGUGGAGCCCUCACCGCCGCCUCCACCUAUGCUGAUGUAUGCCCCACCACCACAGCCCAAUGCAGCACAUCCACAGCCCAUACGAACGCAAUCGGAACGUAAGGUGAGCGCGCCAGUUGUUGUCUCCCAACCGGCAGCCUGUGCUGUCACCUACACCACAUCCCAGGUGCCCCCAACGAUCACGACAACAACGUCUCAACAGCAACAGCAGCAGCAGCAACAGCAACAGCAGCAACAACAAAUGAUGAUGCAACAGCAACAGCAGCAGCAGGCACAUCAGCAACAUUAUGGCAUGCUGCCGUUGCGACCCAACUGAAAGCGGCUCUCGUGGGGCCCCGUAACGACGCCGCCGCCAACGAUACACGCCGCCCUCGCAAUUCACCCCACGGGCACCAUGACCCUGCACAGCUGCAGCCUAGCCAAGCAGAGCAGUUUGUUUUAGCUCCCAGAGAAGGGUAGUCCGGGCAUCCAAAGGAAAUGUACGCAAAGUCCUAGCAUUUAGUUAAAAACCCAUUUAAGUGCAGUUUAAUUAUAUAUAUAUAUAUAUCCAAAUUAUAUAUAUGCCUAGAGAUAGCAGACGAAACAUAGCCACAAUGUAUUAUUCAUAUACGACAAGUAAGAAGGAACUCAAACCUAGCAACAUCAACAACGAUUAUCAUAAGUACAUAUAUUUAUAUAGCCCAUAUUCCAUCUAAAUAUUACACUAUUCUCAUAAUCGACAAAUCGUAUAAAAUAUUGAACCAUAUGAUACUGUGCUUAAAUCUCAUAAAUCACAGAACAUUUUAUUUUGUUGUUUUUAUUUUGUGU